AUGGGCAAGCUUGCGCUACUACCAUUCGGAUAUAAAGUUAUCGAUAAGGGAGGUAUCCUAUGCUGUGGCAUCGACUGGUUGUGCAACUGUCUGUGGUGGAUUCCGGGCAUUAUAAUUGCUAUAUUCGAGAUUAUCUGUGCUGUUAUAUCAUUUAUAUCCAUCAUUGGAAUACCAUUCGGCAUUCAACACUGCAAGCUCGCGAAGCUCGGUAUGCAUCCCUUUGGUCUCGAGAUUCAAGUCCGGCGGGAAGUUCAAGUUCAAGAUGUAUGA